GAGGGGUGGGUCCGUGGUAGCGGUGGGGGUGGACAGCCGCCUGCGCAUGUCAAGGUUGACUGAACAUACGCGGUCCAAGGGGACCUGGAGAAGGGCAGUAGGUCACCGCCACCCAGGGUCCGGGACCGGGCACGAUCCUGGGGCGAGCUCCGGGGAAGGGGCCCACCCUCCCUGUGCCCUCCCCCUGAGAUCGGCAGCGCGACAGGAGCUUCCGCCUCCUUCCCCGCCCCUCCGGACCUUCCCGGGGAGCGGAGGGCGGGUGUGGACGCCCCGGAAGCCACCCGCCGGAAAAAAGAUGCCUGCCUUCAACAGAUUGUUUCCCCUGGCUUCCCUCGUGCUCAUCUUCUGGGUCAGCGUCUGCUUCCCUGUAUGUGUGGAAGUGCCCUCGGAGACGGAGGCCGUUCAGGGCAACCCCAUGAAGCUGCGCUGCAUCUCCUGCAUGAAGAGGGAGGAGGUGGAGGCCACCACGGUGGUGGAGUGGUUCUACAGGCCCGAGGGCGGUAAAGAUUUCCUUAUCUACGAGUAUCGGAACGGCCAGCAGGAGGUGGAGAGUCCCUUCCAGGGACGUCUGCAGUGGAAUGGGAGCAAAGACUUGCAGGACGUGUCCAUCACUGUGCUUAACGUCACUCUGAAUGACUCUGGCCUCUACACCUGCAACGUGUCCCGGGAGUUUGCUUUUGAGGCGCAUCGCCCCUUUGUGAAAACUACACGGCUGAUCCCCCUCCGAGUCACCGAGGAGGCCGGAGAAGACUUCACCUCUGUGGUCUCGGAGAUCAUGAUGUACAUCCUCCUAGUCUUCCUCACCUUGUGGCUGCUCAUCGAGAUGAUAUAUUGCUACAGGAAGGUCUCAAAGGCCGAAGAGGCAGCCCAAGAAAACGCGUCUGACUAUCUUGCCAUCCCGUCGGAGAACAAAGAGAGUUCGGCUGUACCCGUGGAGGAAUAGAGGCGUGAGCCUGGGGUGACGUACAGGGAAGGGCCGGGGACGCUGCAUCCGGACGGCAGCUGGCGCAAGUGACUGUGUCCAUCCACACCCAAGUGACUUUACAUCUGACCCCUUAGAUUUCUACCCUAUCCAGAGUCCCCGCCCUCAGGGUACUACCUGAAGUCGAUGAUACCCAGGUCACAAAGCUCUACGUCAAGCCCUUCAGAAGGUGAAUUGCUUUGGCCUGAGUGUUGGAGAAACUUGAACAUCUUUCCCACCGCGACAAAAACUCCCCCACUCCCUCCUUUGUAAGGAUUGUGGAUUUGGUCAGAGUCUUCGGCUGGGAUUGACUGGGCCAGGCUGGAAAUUCUCAGUGAGUUGUUUUAUCAUUGGUAGGUGGUCUGGACCCCGAGGGACAGGAUAUUCCAGAUUCAGUGAUAUCAACGGCAUCAGGAGGGUGCCCCAGGGGCCACAUCGCUUUGCCUCCUGCAUCCACCCUUCUAGUCACUCAUACCUGCUCACGUCUGAACUUUCACCUCACUUCCUAACUCCAUCAGACCUCUGCACACCCUAAGACUUUGCCAGAACCGAGGAGCCAACAUUUCUAUGUGGACUCAACCUCACCCUGUUCUAGCUUUCAAGCGAGGAGCUCCCAUGCCAACGGGACUCCCUCCCUGGGCUCCAAAUGACUAUACAAAUGCUGGAGGUGGCACAUCCCUCUGUCCCUAACUGGCUGGAACUGGCUCGUCCUUCAUUGCUGCAAGUGAAUGGACGUCUUCAUGGAAGGAAGUGGGAAUGAUUAAUUUGGGUUAAAGCACGAGUGUCAUGAAGUGGGAUUCCUUGAAGCCAGUUUUUUCAAGUCCCUGGCCCAUCUGACUAGAGCAUCAGAGCAAAGCAUGCCUUUCUAGGUUCUUCAGUGAUAGAAAGUUUACUAAGCCUGGACCAAAAUGUUCUCGGAACUUGGUACUCUAAGGCUUGAUCCCAAUAGGUCUCUAAGGCUUAAGCUGGGCUCAAUCCUUCAAGAAGCCAAAGACAGAAGUGGCUCUUAAAAGUCAUGCAACAGGUUCCUAACCCUAUUAGGGUAGCGCGGGUGCACACUCCAAUGGGAGCACCCACCUGAGAUCGCUGGGAAGCACUAUUUCCCUGUGGGCAUUUGAACAGAAAUUCCUAAGUUCUUCCUCUCAAAAUUCCUGUAGAUCAGUAUUAUUCCUCAUUUCACAGGAGGCAACUGGGACUCCAGACUGGGCUCAACUGAGUAAGAGACUUCAGAGGCUAACCUGGGGCAUAAUAAGCCUUAGAUGCUGUCCAGUCAGGACUUUCAGAGACAGGAUGAUUUUGUUUUUAAAAAGACCUUGAAACUGAGCUUGGCUGUGGCCAUGCCUCAUCUCCAAGCAUGGGGGUGGGCCGUGGUGGGAGGGUUCGGAUUGCCUGGCUAAGGUUAGCUCUGAGAGUGUCAGGUAACUGGAAUCUGGCUGUAAGGCUCAGAGUAGGACAUGGGGUGGACUGGAAGAAUUUCCUCAGUGACCAUGAAGAAUCUUCCAGAAGGACAUUACCUCUGGGAAUACUUAAAUUAAGAAAUGUGCUUUUAAGUCUUAGAUGGAUGACACGUGAAUGAGUGAAGAGAUGGGCAGGGCUCGGUGACUUCCAAAUACUCUACCCAUGAAUCCAUGAUGUCUCUCACUGUUGGGUAUUUUUCUGGAUUUUGGGAGAGCAGAGGAACACUGAAAAAAUUUGAGUCAGUGCCUCAUUUCAUUUCAGUUGAGUGACUGGUCCAAGUGUGAUGUCCUUCGGCACCUAGUGAGGAAGAAGGAGAAGGCUGUUUUAUGGGAUCUGAAAGCACGGCGGCGGCAGGGCCCAGGCAGUGAGAGGUCCCUCAGAUCUGGGGGGAAGUUGUGAGGGAAAGAGCACACUCCACUGGCUCUGGGGCUCACCUGACAAAUCUUUCUUUCAACUCUUCCAUCCUUGGGAGGAUCUGCUUGAAACAAGUCCUUGUUCACAUCUUCAAGAGUCCAAUUUUAUUGAAGAAAAUACUUUCAGUAAACUCAAGCAAGACCUUUCUCAUCGGUAAUUUCCCACACAAUUCCUCUGAAAUAGGGGCAGAAUAUAGACCAUUUUUCGUCCUUUGUAAUGAGGAAGAGAGUUGGGCACAGAUUCCUGUGAGUUCCAGUCCCGUGGCUGGUGGAUGGCCAAGUUUACAGCAGAAGCAAGCUGCUUCCGACCAGCCGACCCUCUUGCUUCCAGGCGACCACGCAUCUGACUCGUAAUCAAGUAGUACGCACGAUGGCUGCCUUUGUCCUUUUUCAAAAGCCCAACUCAAGUAUUUCCUGAGUGGUUUGGUCUUUUUUUUAAAGAUUUUAUUUAUUUAUUUGACAGAGAUCACAAGUAGGCAGAGAGGCAGGCAGAAGGGGGGGAGGGGAAAGCAGACUCCCUGCCAAGCAGAGAGCCCGAUGCGGGGCUUGAUCCCAGGACCCUGAGAUCAUGACCCAACACGAAGGCAGAGGCUCAACGCACUGAGCCACCCAGGCGCCCCCCUCCUGAGUGGUUUUUAAUGAAUUCAAUGGCACCUAUCAUUUUCUCCCCUUCUUUAUCUUUUACAAGGAAGCUUAAUUCUUUUCUGUUUCCUAACCUCUCAUCCUUAAUUCUGCCGUGAGAGCAACAUGGCUUACACAGCACAUUCAUUUCUGAUACUUUAGUUCUCUUCCACAGCUAGUCCUGUGAGGCGGAUAUUACCGUGGGUAUUACCAUACCCAGGUAUCAGCAGAGCACACUGAGGCUGUCUGAGGCCAAGCAGCUUUACCACAUCCUGCCUUCAUACACCUGGGAGGUGGGGAGCUGCGGUCGGGUCUUCUCUGGCCUCCUGGCCCCGCUCCUUUCCGGCCCAGACCGCCGCUGCUUUCUCUCCCGGCUGAAUUUCGUCUCCUCUCCGCCUCUCUGGCAGGAGUCGCCCCUACCCCUCCACUUCUCCUCUGCCGCUUUGCAUCUUAGUGGUGCUCGCAAUGUGCUUUGAGCAUCUGUCUUGUUUCGGUUUUCCCUCUCUGGCUGGUUUGCACAUCACUCUUUCUCCUGAAUGGCAACUCAGCUCCUUUCCAGAAGGCUUGAUCAGGACUACAAACCCCGUGAUCCCCAGCCUGCUUCAGAUCCUCCCCAUAUUCCUAGAGGAGCCAGACCCAGUGUGCAUUGCUCUGGAAGCUUCGUCUGGCAGGUUGUCUUUAUUAAAGGGCUUAGAAACGUUCUCAAGGGCUAUUACCACUUUAGGAACCCCACUUGCUGCCUUGGUGCUGCGUAUUUCCCACGACAGAUCCCUCAGUAACACAAUUCGCUGAAGGCCAGACCAGGCUGGCUCUGGUUUUUCGAAAUUUUCCUACUGCUAGAACAGCCAAGAACUUGAUCGCUCAACUCGGCUGGCGCUGUAGACACCCUGCCCUCCUGACCUUUACUGCCAGCUCGGUCUUCUUGCACAGCCCCAGCUCCUGCGUGUUAAUACUGUGCCAGUCGGGGGCUGUCCCUUCCCCAGCCUUUACUUUCCAUCUGUUUAAAAGCAUUCUCCUUUACUUCCUCCGUCCCCCAACAUCCACACACCCAGAUAGCCGAUUCUCUGAGUUUUUCUCUUUUGAUGCCCAACUAGACAGGUUAGUGGGAAGGGAAUUUCUCAAAGCAGGAAUAUGCCGGACAAACGAGGACGGCAGUGGGUGGCCGAGGGGCAGGAGGCUGUCCUUCCCCUCCCCCACAGCCUCUAACCCCGGAUCUGUGAACCUACCUGACGCCAGGGGGCGGAGGCUGUGUGACUGACAUCCCUGUGGGAAGAUGCAAGCCCAGACGCAUUUCAGAACAGACCUUGGUUCCCAAGUUCACACAGAAAGGGAAAAAUAAAACACCAACAAAAAGCCUUCCUCUCCCCUCCUUUUGUAAAUGAAAGGUCCCUAAGCCAGUGAAUUCGCCUAGUCCCUGCGAGUGUAUCUGAGUAGUACUGGUGUGUUCACGCUCCAAUUGCCCAUCUCUCCUGCGUUUCCCAACGCACUGUCUCAAGCACCAGGUCAGAGCCUCUGUGAGCCCCGCUGCCUUAGGGUGGAAAAAUACCGUCAGCCAAGCUCUUCCUAAUCUCUGAAAGUCCGGCAUGGUAGAUAACUCAUGUUGAGCUUGCUUGCUUGUGAGUUUAGAGUAGGACCCAGUAGAUAAGCACAUGAACCAAGUCUGAAUUGUGGUAGAUCAGACUCCACCCCUCUCCUAGACCAGCUAAGCCUCAAAGCUGGUGGUAGCCUUCUCUCCCCCGCAUCACUAUCCAGCAAGAGCUGCAUCGGCAGGGCAGGGGCGCUGCGGAAGCCCGAGCGCGUCGAUUCAGGAACAGCAUCAAACACAAUCCGCCAACUCCUGCAGUCCUGCAACUGAGGCUUCUCUUUGCCACAUUAUGAUCUUCGUUAUUGCUUUUUGAUUUUCCACAACCAAGCUUUUUCCAAACCCUAGAAACGUCAUUCCUAAUCACCCACACUCUCCACAGCCUAACGCCAGUAGGUAGUGUUUUUCAGGAAAUACCCCAUUUGUGUCAAUAAAGUGUCUCUAAACG